AUGUUUUCCAUUGAAGACAUUCGUGAAUUCAGCCAGGCCUUCCCCCCUCCCACAAGCCACCAUGGACUGCCGCCGUCGCUAGUACUGGAUGCUAGCGGUCAGGGUUUCAUCACAUUCGAACAACUGCGGAUUGACUACGAACGACAUGUAGCAAACGGUAAGGCUCAUCACGUCAUUGUCAGAUAUGAUAAUAACAAAUUCAAAGAAAUAAAGCGCAUCCCAGUCUCUCAAUUAGCUUCCGAGUUGGACCUGACCUCAGACACACUUCGAACUCUUGUCCGCACAGGACGUCCGCUGGUCCUGCUCAGCAACGAUGAGAGCGAAAUCAUUCCUAUCCAGGAAGUGGAAGCCAGUCUAGAGAAGCUGCGAGAGGAACUUCGUACAAGUAUUGUUUCCAUGUCUGAAAUCAAAUCUGAGUAUGGCAUCAGCAACCAACAUCGACUUUGGGACGAAUUGGGCGAUGUAGUCAUGUUUGAUGAUCAUGCUUGCACCCGGGCUAUCAUACUGAUCAUCCGAAGCAAUAUCGAUGUAUCAGCCAAAGAUCUAGAGGACCUACCAGGGUCACCGCCCAAAUGGCGCUUCCUCCACCAUCUGAAAGCCCUCGCAGAUUCCUCCGAGUAUGCGGAUAAAGUCUUCGUCCGCGAAACUCGCGACUGCAUUCGUGUACAGUCGAAGCAGAUGCGGCAGCGUGUCUUCCAAGAGUGGUCUGAUUUGCUAUCUUCAGGCGAAAUUGCGUAUGUCGAUAUAGAGCCACUCGUGUCCGACCAUGCCGUCUACGACAGUACGAGCGAAGCCAUAAACGACUUCAAGAAGCUCACCGACGUCGAAAUCGUCGACGAAUUUGCGAUCUCAGAAGCCUGGUUCUCUAACUUCGUCAAAGACAAGUUACAAGUGAUCCAGAAAGAAGACAUGUGGGGAGUGGAUAUUGCAAACGGCCUGAGCGAGCGCGUUAAGAGUAGUACUAAGAGCAAGAGAAGCAUGCCCGAAAGCCUGUAUAACCAUAUACAACGCAAAGCCGAGCAACACCUGACCACCGCGCUCACUCAGAGGAGCAAUGACGAUCAUCGUCGUUAUGGCAUGCUUGUGCUUACCGCCGAAGGAUACCGCGGCGAGGAGUGCACGCUCAGCUCCCAGGCCAGUAAAAACGCUGAAAGGCAAUGGGCGUACCUCAAAUGCAAUCCAGCCGGCGACAUCAAGUUCUUAAUGAACAACAUCAUACUUCCCAACAACGCUAUCCAAGCUGCAUUAGCCAACGACAAAGCCCUUGCGAAAACCUGCGAGAGAAGUUUCUGGGCUACUAUUCAAUCUCUGGAAACAUUGGACGAAGCAGACUUCGCCACCUACUGGACUGACCGCGUCACAUCGCGCCUUGAAAUGUACACCACCGGCCUCGAGUCCAUUCCAGACUUGAAGCUCAAAGAGCAACUCAACACGCUCCUAGCAACAUACCUGCAGUCCGAUAUGCUCCCUGACGCCCUGUCAAAAGCGCGCGCCCAGAACCUCGUCAUGUCCCGUAAAACCCGGAAAAACAUUGACAAACUUGAGACUGCACUCAAGGCAACAAAAGAUCUAUCUCACAUCCUCUCCACGCUCGAAAAGUUCACGACAAAGCAAUCCAUCUCCCCUCUCCUCGCUCGCACCUCCCCUAAAAAGAGCAUGCUCGCCGACAUGCAGCGACGCAUGGCCAAGACUUCAGACCCUCCUGUCUUAUUCCUCACGCUAGUGGUGCUGCUGUACGCGCGGUAUUAUCCGGGCGUUGUGUACGCGACCGGCAAGUUCGCGCCCAAGCUGAUGAAGUUGUUGAGGGAGAAGGUGAGUGCGGAGGAGUACGCGGUGUUGGAGGGGUGGAAGGAAGGGGCGAAGAAGGGCGAGUUAGGAGAGGAGGAUAGGGAGGGAAUGAGAGCGAUGGCUAAGGGGCAGGGAGAGGGUGAAGGGGAGGUGUAG